CAGUGAGCUAACGACAAAGACAACAUUGGAUUACUUAUCUCACAUUAUUGCUACCCUCUUAUUGUUACAGGAGCUGUCUGCUAAGUGUCAACAAAGAGACUCAAAGAGCAGCAAUGGAGGCUGCAUUAAGCACUGCACUUGCUCUUUCACCUAACCAACUAUUCAGUGCAGUAAAUCCUGGAGAUAAAAAUUUUGCUUUGAAAUAUUGCAAAGAUCGUAGUGUUGUAAUGACAAUGGCAGCCACUGGAAUAUUAGGAAAAGGUGGAGGCUUGAUUGAGAGGCCAACCAUAGAGACAACAACACCUGGAAGGGAAUCCGAAUUUGACGUAAGGAAAUCGCGGAAAACAUCUCCACCAUUCCGAGUUUUGCUGCAUAAUGACAACUUCAACAAGAGAGAAUAUGUUGUGCAAGUGCUGAUGAAGGUGAUACCUGGAAUGACAAUUGAUAAUGCAGUUAACAUCAUGCAGGAAGCACAUCAUAAUGGAUUAGCAGUGGUGAUCACAUGUGCUCAAGUGGAUGCUGAAGACCACUGCAUGCAGUUGAGAGGAAACGGCCUUUUAAGCUCAAUUGAGCCAGCUGACGGUGGUGGUUGCUGAUAGAAAAACAGAUCAUUUCCAUAGCCUAGUACUUUCUUACAUAUUACUCAGUUCCAUAAUGUUCUUCUUUCCAAUUCCAACCAUUAAACAUGUCUGUAUAGAAAAAUAAUGACUAGUGUCUUUAUAUAAGCAAUAGCCAGAACAUAACAUAAAAUUUGGAUGAA